AGUACAUUUGGACGAGCUAUUUGGGCAACAUCGCCAGUCAAUUUUUCUUCUGGACCGCGUGGCGUUUUGUACACAGUGUAUUUUCUCGGUGAUAAAACACAUUUAGCACGUAAAUUUUACAACAGACACAUACAUCAGCACUUCAGGAAAAUUUUGGCAUAGCAUUGAAAGACGAAUUUCACCCACCGACGAAAUGAGGAAACUUCGACGAUUCUUGUCCGGCGAUGAACUCGAGAAGCGCAUCAUACGCUAUUUUCAGCGUCCCCAUCGCCUCAACAUCACUCCCUAUGUACAAGAGGACUUUUCCAGCCAUUGUAGGGAUCUCGCGACGAAUCACGUGGAUGUACUGCUGAAGCGCAAGGACGAUUCAACGUUGAUGAUGAGAAAAAUUAUUUUUGUGGGUGAAAGUGCCGUUGGGAAGACUUCACUCAUCACAAAAUUCUACUAUGGAGAAUUUGAUUCAACCUACAUGUCUACCCUGGGCAUUGACUACCAAGUGGAGAGAUUCGUCGUUCUCAACUGCGAGCAUCGCCUUCAAUUGUGGGACACAGCUGGGCAGGAACGUUUCCGUGCAAUGGCACUUCCCUUCUACAGAGGAGCCUCGACAAUUGUGUCAGUUUUUGACAUGAGCAAUCCCUCUACAAUAGCAAGUGCCGUGGAUUAUAUAUCAAUUGCACGACUUCAUUCUGAGAUGGCCAGGAAGACACCCUGCCCCACAUUCCUCAUUGGCAAUAAGUUGGAUUUAUUGUCACCCAACGAUUAUCGAAAUAUCUCGGAGCAGGGACAGAAGAUUGCACAAGAGAUAAAUGCCGAAUACUACGAGGUGUCAUGCAAAGAUGCUUCUAGUGUCACCAGACUCUUCCGACGCAUUGCUCUGAUUAACUUUGAGGACUACUGUGCCGGAAUUGAAAUUCCCAUUGAGCUCAAUCCCUUCGAAAAGUUCUUCACGAGAGUUUUCCGGCUGAAACAGGAUUCCGAGAGAAAGAGACCACGGUGCUCACUCAGCUAAAAAUUUUAACUUUUUUUUUUAUAUUUUGGGAAAUAAAUGAUUUUAAACACGAAUGAAAAAA